GCGUCGGGCGGCGCUGAGGCCGGGCCGGAGGAUGGCGGCGGCCGGGGCCCGGGCGGAGCUGCGUGUGCUGCUGGUGCCCCGCUCGGGGCAGGCGCGGGGCGCGGCGCGGGUGCGGCUGAGCAGAGCCCGGCACGCCCUGGGCACCGUGCUGCUGGCCGGCGGCAUCCGCCUGGAGUCGCUGGGGCCGGGCGGGCCCGGGCGGGCUCGGGGCAGCGUCCUGCCGGGAGCCUGGGCUGACUUCCUGUGGGACAGCUCAGAAGAUGAUGGCUCGCAGUCUAACAAGACAAAGCUCCUGGCUCUUGCUCAAAGCCAUGACCUGUUUGUCUAUGAGUUCAGUGUAGAAGAUGGAAAACACAACCCAAAUCCCCUGCACAGUUGUGAGGCAGAGACACUGAAAAAGCUCCUUGAAGCUAAAAACAUUAGUCUGCCUUCAAUUUCCUCUGUGAAGAUUCUGUCUUUUGGAAACAACAAGUGCAAACUUCUGCUCAACCAGUUUCUCCUUGUGCACCUGACCUUUCCUGGGGAAGGCUCAUCCCCAGAGACCUGUGGCUGCUUCCCCCUGGCCCUGCCUCCAGGAGCUGUGGGGAGAAUUGCAGACUCCCAGUUCUGCAGGGGGAUCCUGUUCCUGUUGGACAGUGCUGGCUGGAUUUACAUAUGUGACUGCUCUGAUGGUGCCACCCUGGGGAAGGUGGGUGUAGCCCUGGCAGCUGGGCAGGGGCAGGGCCCAGCCCCUGUGUCCCCCCUGGCUGCCCUGGCAGUGUCCCCUGACCUCAGCACAGCUGUGGUGACCAACAGCUGCCACUGGGCCCUGGCUGUGCAGCUCAACACCUACUUCAGACAGUUCCCUGAACAUUUGUUCUGUAAGAGAGACCCUGACAAUCUCCCAGUGAAGCCUGCAGAGGGACUGGAGGAGGAUGAGCUGGCCAGUUCUGAGCACAGCAUGGAGCUCCUGCCCCUGCCCUUCCGCACAGACAGGUCCUGGAAGGCACACCUCUCUUCACUGUGGAGCAGAGUCAGAAGAAGAAGAACACCAGGCUCUCCAGAUUUGGUUAACCACUUGAAUUUGCCUUGGUAUCAGUUUUUUACCCAUCUGGAAGAUCACGAUCCUGAAGUUUGUGAGGAUCCAGAGAGCAUGGUGGCCUUUGUCCCCCGGGCUGUCACGUGGGCAGCUUCCCCAGCACUCCAAGGCCAGCCUGGGGCUGCAGGACAGCAGUGGGCACACAUCCCCGUGGGAGCAGCCCAGGAAAUGGUGAAACUGGAGUGCAGACUGGUGACUGGAGCCAAGGCUGUGUUUGUGGUGCAGGCAGAGGACACGGGGCUGUCUCUGGCGCUCUGGGAUUUUGAGUCCCGGGACGUGACGUGUUCCCGCUUUGGCAGAAGCAGUGCCUAUGUGGAGUGCAGUGCAGAGCUGCCUCUGUGUCUGCUGCUGACAGAGCGUGGUCUGUCCCUGGUCCUGUUUGGGGUCACUCAGGAGGAGUUCCUGACCAGGCUGAUGAUGUUUGGCAGCGCCGGGGUCGUGGAUUCCCUGUGCCACCUCAAUGGCUGGGAGAGGUGCUCCAUUCCCAUCCAUGCCCUCGAGGCAGGUUUGGAGAAUCACCAGCUGGACACGGUGGACUUGUUUUUAAAAAGCAAAGAAAGUGUUUUCAGUCUGUCUGCAGCCAGCCCUGGGCCUGAGCACCCUGGGGCUGCUGCCUCCCAGUCCUACCUGAGAAAUUUGGAGGAGCUCAGGCCAGCUCUAAACUUGCUCUGCUCAGCAAUCCAAGACAAUGAUAUGGAGCCUCACAGCAAACCCUUCUCUGAGCAGCUCCUGAACCUCACCCUGACUUUCCUCACCAAGCAGCUGGAGGAAAUCUUUGUGCACACAGAGGAGCCUGAUGAGUUCCUGCAGAAGGCUGCAGAUAUUUUAACUGACUACAUCAUUAGGCUGAGGAAGUUCCUGAGGAGAUACCCUCAGCCAGCAGUGACCCCGGGGCAGGGAGCUGAGCUGGAUGAGGACCUGCCUGAGAUAGAAGAGAGCCAAGAGUGGGAAAAACUGACUCCAGAGGAAGUCAUUGCUGAGGCCAUCCUGAGCAACAAAAUACCAGAGGCCCAGAUCUUCUUCAGAAGGCAGCAGCAUCCUGCUGAGAGUCUGCAGGAGUUCAUGCAGACAGGUUUGAGCCUGGCCUAUGACUGCCUGCUGAAGGGCAGCCCCAGGGAGGCCUCAGAGCUGCUCAGGAACAUGGGCUUGGACGUGAGGCAGGAGCUGCACAAGAUCUGCCUGCACACACAGGACAGGCACGUCAGGGAGCUCCUGGUGAAAGUCUUACAAGAAGAAAAUUAUUUUUCUGAAAAAGAGAAGAAAAUGAUUGACUUUGUGCAUCAGGUUGAAAGCUUCUACUCAGAAUCCUUCCAGGAAAACAAAGAGACUCAGUCUCUUUCCAGGUGCAGCAGCUGGAGGAGGCAGCAGGAGCUCUCUGGGCCCCGGGCAGUGCUGGGCUCCCAGCUGGGCUGGGGCAGCCCCGGGGCCCCCCGGCUCACCCUCACCCUCAGCUGGGCCCUCUGCUGGGAGCAGCUGCUGCAGGAGAUGGUGCUGCUGCCCUGGAAACCACAGCAAGAACUCAAGACCUGCAGUCCUGAGGUGCUCUGGAUGCACCUGACAGCCCAGCAUGACUGGAUGAGUAUUUGUUCCUGGAUUGAGGAGUCAGAGCCCAGCCAGGCUCCGUGUGGCAGAGCUGCCUGGCCCCCCCUGAGCCCUGACAUCGUGGACAGGAGCACUCUGUGCAGCCCCUACAUGAGACAGGACAUCCUCAACAAGCUGGCCAGAAAGGGAAUUUUUGUCCCUUCUGAGCUGGAAGAUUUUGAGCUGCUGCUCCAGAGGUUGUCGUGCCUGGGGGGAGUCCUGCAGAAUCCUCACCCUGUUCCAAAAUACAGCUCUGCCAGUGGCCUGGACUUCCAUGCUCAGUUUGUCCUGCACUGCCUGGAGCACAGCCUGCAGUACCUGCUGUACACUUACCUGGACUAUUACAGUUUAACCCCUUCAAACUGCCCUGUCCUGGGUAACAAGGAGCUGCAGGAAGCACAUCCCUGGUUUGAGUUCCUGGUGCAGUGCAGAGGGGUUGCCAGCAAUCCCCGAGAUCCCAAGAUGAUUUUCCAGGCCAGUCUGGCCAACGCCCAGAUGCUGAUCCCCAGCAGCCAGGGGGGUGUGAGCAGCAUCCUGCUGGAGGGCAGGACCCUGCUGGCCCUGGCCACCACGGUCUAUGGGCCUGGGGGCAUUGACCAGGUCCUUCAGAACGAAGAUACAGAAAAACCUCUAAAGAAAGUUGAUCCACAGCUCUUGAAGAUGGCCUUGACCCCUUACCCCAAGCUCAAGGCUGCUCUCUUCCCCUCCUGCACUGCUCAUGGAAUUUUGCCUCCUGACAUCUCCCUCUACCACCUUCUGCAGUCAUUAAUGCCCUUUGAUCCCACAAAAUUGUUUGGCUGGCAGUCAACAAACACUCUUGCUGUGUCAGAUGCCUGGAGCCAGCUGCCCCACUUCUCCAGCCCCCAGCUGGUGGGCAGGCACGCCGUGCUGGAGAGGCUGGAUUUCCUGUUCUACCUGCUGCACGGCCGGCCCGCCUUCGCCUUCGGCACCUUCCUGGGCCAGCAGCUGGCCAGGAGCAAAACCCCCAGGCAGCUGAUCCAGCAGGCAGCUCGGGAGGCCCAGCUGCUGGCUCUGAGCUCCUUCGGUGUCCCCUCGGUGGCUGCAGCCUGCGUGUGCUUCCUGGAGCUGCUGGGGCAGGACAGCCUGGGGCUGCGGGUGGCCCUCAGGGCUGCCAGCCUCAUCUCCAGCCACAGCCCCAGCAGGGACUCCCUGGUUGAGAAGUUAACAAAGCUGGCUGAUGGGGAGAAGGCAGCAGCAGCAGCAGUUCUCACCUCCUUGGAAGAGGCCUUCUGGGAUGCCAUAGAGCAGCAAGGCAUAAAGAGGACAUCCAGUGACUGCAGAAGGCAGUGGUCCUUGGUCAUGCAGUUCUGCAAGCUCCAUAAGCUGGAGCUGAGCACGUCCUUCCUGAGGGAAUGUGCCAAAUCCAACGAGUGGCUGCAGUUCCUGAUCCAGACCCAGCUCCACGGCCACCAGCCAGCCCAGGUCAUUCCCCUGCUGCAGGAUUUCCCUGCUGUGCUCCAGGAUCACCUGCUGCUGGCCCUGGGGAGGCUGCUGGGUGCUGAGGCAGGUGCUGCUGGCAGGGCCCGUGCAGGGAGCCUCUUCCAGACCCUGCUGCAGUGCCAGGAGCAGCCCAGCCCCUGCAGGUUCCUGCUGGCUGAAGGGCUCAGGGCACAGGCCCCCAUCCUCAGCGUGCUGGCAGCCUGCUGCCCCGGUGCCAACCUCAUCUCCUGCCUCUGUGUGUGGAUUGUCACUUCUGUGGAUGAUGCCACCAGGGCUGAGGCCACCGCCCACACCCAGGGCCUGGCAGAGGGUCCCCAGUGGGACCUGCAGGACCUUGCUGUCAUCUGGAAAGUCUUUUUGAGGAAGCAGAAGAGUAAAACGCUUCUGAAUGGCUUCCAGCUCUUUUUAAAGGAUUCCCCUUUGCUGCACAUCCUGGAGAUGUAUGAGCUCUGCAUGAACUGUAAAAAGUACAAGGAAGCUAAAACCAAACUGGACAAAUUUCAGGAAAGCCUGGCAAACCUGGGGGCUGCGGGGGGGGCGGCCCCCGCCGUGCCGCCGCCGUGGCUGCGCUCGCAGGCGCUGUUCCUCCUGGAGCUGAUGGUGCAGCAGUGCCGCACUGACUACGAGCUGGGCAAGCUCCUGCAGCUCCUGGCUGCAGCAGAGACCCUCCUGCUGCAUGGCCCCCACCUGAAGAGGCUCUGUGCCCUCAGUGAGGCCCUGAGGGACUCCUCCAUCUCCAUCGGCCGCUCCAUCCUGACCUCCUGCAGCCUGGAGGCCUUCCAGGGGGAGUGCAGCUCCAUUCUGGAGCAGCUGCAGGAGAAGGGAAUGUUCAGCCUGGCUCGGGAGGUGGCAGCCCUGGCUGAGCUGCCCGUGGACAGCGUGGUCACACACGAGGUUCUGAGGGAUCUGCAUCAUUUAAGAGCUGCUGGCCAGUGGCAUCAGAGCCAGACACGGGCCGAGUUCUGGGAGAAGUGCAACGACACCUUCAGCAGGCAUUCCAUCUGCAGCCGAGCCGCAGCGGGGUUCUUCCUGCAGCAGGCCGACCACGUGUGGGACUACUCGGGGCGGGAGAAGACAACCAGCAUGGUGGAGAGGCAGCUGCUGCUCACCCUGGCGGGGCACUGGCUGGCCAAGGAGCCCGGGCUGGCCGUGCAGGAGCUGCAGGAGGUGGAGGAGCAGAUCUGGCGGUGCCGCGUGGCGCAGCGGGCGCUGCUGCCCGAGGGCUCGGAGCCGUGCCCCGGGGCGCUGCUGCCCGAGGGCUCGGAGCCGUGCCCCGGGGCGCUGCUGCCCGAGGGCUCGGAGCCGUGCCCCGGGGCGCUGCAGCCCGAGGGCUCGGAGCCGUGCCCCGGGGCGCUGCCGCUGGCCCGGCUGGCCCGGCGGUUCUCCUUCGCCGGGCUGGCGGCCCUGGAGGCGGCGGCGCCCCGCGGGCUGCGGGCGCUGCCUGCCCGGGAGCCGCGGCUGGCGCUGGGGGCCGCGGAGCGGGCGGCGCUGGGGGCCCUGCUGGGCGCCCUGCUGGACCAGGGCAGCGUGCCCGAGGCCGCCCGCGUGUGCCACUACUUCCAGCUGUGGCACAGGGACGUGGCCCUGGUGCUGCAGUGCAGGGCCCUGGCCCGGGGCGAGGCCGGGCUGGAGCAGCUGCAGCCCGAGGUGCGAGCCCUGCUGGGGGCCGAGGCCAGCGCAGCCCCCGGCGCAUCCAGCCUGGAGGACUGGACCCCUCUGGGGUGUGGGGAUGAUGCCGUGGUGGAAGCACUGAAGGCCCUGGCAGAGGAAUGUGUCCAUGGCAGGGGCUACUGCAGGCAGGUCCUGUGCCUCUACGAGCUCUCCAGGGAACUGAGCUGCUCCUUCGGGGAGGUGUCGGCGCGGGAGCCGCGGGAGGUGCUCGGGGCCAUCCUGGCGCGGCGGGGGCCGGAGCGGGGCCGCAGAGCCCAGGCCUUCAUCACCUGCCAGGGGCUGCCCCCUGCCACCGUGGCACCUCUGCUGGCACAGCAGAUCACCCAGGAGCUGCUGGCCUCGGCCCAGGGAAAAGGGCAGAAGCAGGCUUGGAACCCUGCAGUGGAGAGCCAGGAGCUCCUGCAGCUUGCCAAGCUGUGCCAGGAUCACACCUUGGUCGGGAUGAAGUUGCUGGAUAAAAUCUCCUCUGUGCCCCGUGGGGAGCUGUCCUGCAUUACAGAGCUGCUGAUCCUGGCCCACAGCCUCUUCAGCCUGACGUGUCACAUGGAGGGGAUCACUCGAGUGCUGCAGGCGGCUCGGCUGCUCACCGAGGAGCACCUGGCUCCCAGGGAGGAGUACGGCCUGGUGGUGCGCCUGCUGACGGGCAUUGGCAGGUACAAUGAGAUGACCUACAUCUUCGAGCUGCUGCACCAGAAACACUACUUCGAGGUGCUCAUGAGGAAGAAUCUGGACCCGAGCGGGACGCUGAAGGCGGCGCUGCUGGACUACACCAAGCGCUGCCGGCCCGGCGACAGCGAGAAGCACAACAUGAUCGCGCUGUGCUUCAGCAUGUGCCGGGAGAUCGGCCAGAACCACGAGGCUGCCGCCUGCACCCAGCUCAAACUCAUCGAGUGCCGGCCCUGGGAGGAGUCUCUUCAGGAUGUUCCAAAUUUAAAGAAGCUGCUGCUGAAAGCUGUGACUCUCUUCAUUGAUGCAGCAGAAAGUUACUCCAAGGACUCGUGUGUGCGGCAGGCGCUGCGCUGCCGCCGCCAGACGCGGCUCAUCACGCUCCAGCUGCACUUCCUGGGCUCAGGGCAGAGCACCAGGAUCAUCAACCUGGGCAGGCAGGACCUGCCAGGAGCCAUCCUGGCCUUGCCCAGGUUCUACCAGGCAGCCAUCGUGGCCGAGGCCUACGAGUUCCUGCCGGACUGGGCUGAGGUUCUGUUCCAGCAGGUGAUCACCAGGGGGGACUUCGUGUACCUGGAGGAGUUCCGGCAGCAGCGGCCGCUGCAGCCCGGCCUGUUCGAGGAGGUGGCCAAGAGGGUCAAACAGCAGCACCCCCCUGCUGAUGCUGCCCUGAGGAACCUGAAGCGGUUCCUCACCCACUGCGAGGACAUCUACACCUACUACAGGCUGGCCUACGACCACAAGUUCUAUGACGUGGUGAACUCCCUGCUGAAGGACCCUCAGACUGCCUGCUGCCUCAACGACCUCUUAUCCAACUGAAUUCCAGCUGAGUUCCAGCCCGGAGCACAGGCUGCAGGGUCUCUGCUGAUUUACACAGAUGUUAUCAAUGGCCUGCUCACAGGGCUCUGCUGCUCUGUAAAAAUUACUCCAGAAAACUGCACAAGGUUGUAAGUACUUAAAUGCUGACUGUGUUAACCUAAAAUUGUGUUUUGUAUAAUAAAUCUCACUGUUUAUAAAUUA